AUGACGAUGCCUUAUCACGCGGUUCGGUGCCAACGAUUCGGCGUCGCCACGACCAUCCGUGACACGGUAAAGUUCAUGCUUCGAGACUUUGCGGUCGAGACGGGCUUCGCGGUGACGUUGUUCACACAGUUGGAGGCGGUUCGAGCGAGACUGCAGGGACAGCCGGUGGUGGGAGAGGGGACACGGGCUGGGGGACCGCUGGAGCAGAGGGGCCAGGCGGGACAGCAGGGUGGUGGGGGGCACUGGGGACAGCAUCAGCUGCGGGGUCGGGUGGCGCGAGGGGCGGGUUGGCAGAGGGGACAGCAGGGGGAGCAGACGGGCCAUGACGGGGAGGGGGGACAGCAGAGGCCGCAGGCCCAGGGCACCGCGCCUCCGGGUUUGAGCUCAAGGGUGGGGCAGGGGCGGGAGCAGCAAAGAGCGGACGGAGGUGCAGGGGGGGCAGCGGGAUCGGGAGGGGAGGACCAGGGAGUGAGAGAGGUAGCAAGGGAUCGAGCAAAGGGGUUGGCAGGGGUAGGGGAGGGUAGAGAGGGGGAGGGGAGAGGACAGGUGGGUGGAGGAGAAGACAGGGGGAGAGAGACGACCGGAGAGGAGGCACCGAGGGACCAGACAGAGCAGCAGCCAGCGCCGUAG